CAGCAGCAGCUGUGCUGGACGGUCGCUGCAGAUAUUUCUUUUACUUUGCGCCCGGGCUUGUGCUGGCUGUCAGUCCCAUGCCACGGCGUCUGCCCGAACCCUCGUGGGUUCCUGUCCCGGUCUGGGUGUGAGUCCACUCUGUCACGAUGUCUGUCGAACACGAGGGGACCUUCAGUCAUCUCAACAAGUUUGAGAAACUGUCGUGGAGGCCCUCCGUCCGUGACUCAGGCUCCAAGAAGCGAGCGCGAUGGCUUCAGGCUCGCCGCCUCUUCUCCCCCACCUGCCCCAACCUGCGGAUCCCCAACAGGUUUCUGAGAGAAGGGCACUGUAUACCACCUGCCCGCAGCGGGCAUCGCUGUGUUGCAGACAACGCCAACCUGUAUGUUUUUGGAGGUUACAAUCCAGACUUUGAGGAGGCAGGCGGCUCGGAGAAUGAAGACUACCCUCUGUUCAGGGAGCUUUGGCGGUUUCACUUUGCCACAGCCUCCUGGCAGCAGGUCCGCACAGAAGGCUACAUGCCCACAGAGCUGGCGUCCAUGUCAGCCGCCUUACAUGGGAACAACCUGCUUGUGUUUGGUGGUACUGGAAUUCCAUUUGGUGAAAACAACAGCAAUGACAUCCAUGUCUGCAACGUUCAGUACAGACGAUGGAACCUGCUCAACUGCAAAGGGAAGAAACCCAACAAGAUCUACGGGCAGGCUAUGGUCAUCAUUAAUGGCUACCUGUAUGUGUUUGGAGGGACAACAGGCUACCUUUACAGCACCGACCUGCACAGGUUGGACCUGACCACUAAAGAGUGGACACACCUUAAACCCAUCAACGCACCAUCAGAUCUGCCUGAGGAGAGGUAUAGACACGAGCUCGCCCAUGAUGGGCAGCGAAUAUACAUUUUAGGAGGUGGGACUUCUUGGACAUCGUAUCCCCUGGAAAAAAUUCACGCCUAUAACUUGGAGACCAGUUACUGGGAGGAAAUUAUCACUAAACCCCAUGAAAAAAUAGGAUACCCUUCUGCCCGCCGAUGUCACAGUUGUGUGCAGGUCAAAGAUGAGGUCUUUAUAUGUGGGGGUUAUAACGGCGAGCUGAUCCUGUCCGACCUGUGGAAGAUUAACCUGCAAACUUUUCAGUGGACAAAGCUCCCAGCUGUCAUGCCAGAACCAGCUUACUUUCACUGUGCAGCAGUCACUCCGGCCGGCUGCAUGUACGUCCAUGGUGGAGUUGUCAACAUGUCUGGGAACCGAAGGACUGCCUCUUUGUAUAAAGUAUGGUUGGUGGUGCCCAGUCUGCUGGAACUGACCUGGGAGAAACUGCUGAAAUCAUUCCCUCAUUUAACCCAGCUGUCCACCCUUCAGCUGCUAAGCCUGGGACUGACACACACAUUAAUUCAACGGCUAAAAUAGCCUGAACACAAAGACUGACUGACUGAGGUGAAAGGAGCAGCACCAUUGCCAAAUUGGUGGUAAGUAGGUCAGCACCAGCUUGAUGAUGUCAGCAACUUAUGAAAAUACUUCAUUUUAGACCUUUAUGUAUAAUGUGCUGUUUUGUUUUUAAAAUGGAAUGUUCAUUUUAAGUUUCAUCAGAGGGAAUGCACCGGUGCCGACAGCAGACUGUCAAUUAUUCUUGAUUCUUUUUUUCUUUUUUAAACUUCAGUGUACCCCAGAUAAGUUUUCUAAUUUGCAUUUUGCAUGCCAGUUUCUCUAUCACAGAAACUUGUGCAUCACAAGAGUAGGAUGUCAUCUGGUGAAAUGCAAAAUAAAUGUUGUUUCAUGUAGUUUAAUAUUAGUUUGAGAUGGGGCUUGUCUCACUUUAGCUGAAGCAACAACAUUGCACCCAUUUUGCUGUAUUUGAGCUUCUGCUGCGUCCUCUGUGAGAAGGGCCAUCCGGAUACAUGUACUGUAGUUUAAAAAAGGUGAAAUACACCCUAAAAGUGGAAUUUGUGAGAAAGAAGGCUGAUUCUCAGAACAACGCUGCACUGCUUAUAAAGCUCAAUCAUCUAACGGGUAUCUCAUAAUGGUCUAAAUAGGUCAGUUAUUUUAAACUGUGCUUUAGCUGAAAAGGUAUUUUCUGGUUGGCUUUUAACAGUAGUUUUGUUGUUCAACUGAAAAUGGUUACCCUUCUUGAUCCCACUGGGUAUUUUUUGAAAAGGUGAGAACCUGAAAGCCUCUUUGAGACACAUGCCGCUCAACAUCACUGUGAAACCUUUUGUGCUUCAAAAAUUCUUUGUUGAUUUUAUAAAUGCCUACACCUGCAGCUCCAGUGAUUCUCAAUAAUUUUCUUUCCUUCGUCUGGUGCCUUGUGACCUUCUAAGAAUUGUUUUCCUUUCCAUUCUUUAACACUAAAUUAUUCACACCUCUGAACUGUGCUCUUCACAUGAGCCUUUUACUUGAUAUAUUUUCUUCUCCUGAUAAAUCAGGAAUUACUUCUGCAACUUUAACUUAAACCCACAACAUUUUUUUUUUUACAUAUUCGUUUUAAAUGUUCUGCUCUUUAUGUUGUGGAAAUGUACCCAAGUGUAAAUGUUUUUUCCCCAUUUUAUUUCAUUGUCACUUUCAGUAUCCACUUUAUGCCUCGAUAUCUAAACCUUUCUCACUGUGACAUGCAGUAAGUGCUAUUGUUUUUUUUUCCCACCGUUUUUAAGACUGUUGCACCAUCAUUUGGUUCUUGGUGAGAAACUGUAAAAGGAGAACUUGUCAGGGUGUAAGGUGUCGUGGAUAACAAAUACUGACGACUUCGCUGUCCGAACGCCUGCAGACUUAGCACUGUUUUUCUGUAUAGAGAUUUGUUAGUCAGGCCUGGAGUUCUUUACAAGUUACUGUGGACUGUAAUCUUAAAUGCUGUGCUGAUAAUGUCCUGAUGCUUAUUUGCCUGUGUUACAGUACAUUAUUACACUGAGUGUUCUGUGUAAUCCACAGUAACUGUUGAUAUUUAGCUUUCUGGUGGCUAUUGCACACCAAAAUGCCUUUCCCCCCCCCCACUCAACACUGUCCUUAUGUAUUUCUGACAUUUCAUGGCCUUAUUUAUUCUGUUUUAAAUCAGUCUGAUUGGCAGUUAUGCAGCCAGAAUCUAGAUUGACAUGUUUAUAUUUGCAUCUCUUGAUGUUAAUGAAGUUAAGUAAUCUGCAUGUCAACACAGGUGUGCAUGCCACUUUACAUUAACUCUUGGGAGAAGAUGUGAACGUGUCCUUAAAGGCAAAUAUGGCUGCAUUGUUUUGUCCUUUUUUGUCCGUACAAACAAUAAAAAUAGGCAGCUGGUUUUUCAAAAUCUUGUAUGGAAAUAUUUUUUGUUAAAUAUCAACCCUGCUGUGUUUCAAAUCAUAAAGUGGAAGCCGCUUGUCACGGACGUACCAUAUUUGAAGCUCGUGUACACCCACACAGAGUAUAUGUAUGUCAUUAGUGUAAAUGCAUACCAUCAGUUUGUAAAACAACUGUAGUUUACUCUUUCACAUUUUGUAAAAAGGAUUGAUGCUUUAUGGUUAGAUGUUGGCCUACAGUAUGUACUGUAAAUAUUACAACAGUCAUCAGGAGUCAUUAUUUAAAAGUGCCUACCUGAGAUUUUCUUUUUCAGUUAGAAAACAAAAAUAUUUAAAUUCUCAGUAUUUCCACAGUGGCAUUUGAAAUGUUUAU